AUGUGGUGGAUGCUGUUUCCCAGAUGGAUCUGGUUUUUGUUUGGACAGUUCUGCGUUUUGCGUUUGGACUUGCGGGCGAGAGCGAUGCCAAUGACCCUGUCCAAAGUGGUUUAUUCUCACGCGGGGAUGUGUCCGAACGAGAUAAACCCAAACCUGUGGGUGGAUGCCAUGAGCACCUGCGCGCGAGAGUGCGAGUCCGACCAGGACUGUGAGCCGUUUGAGAAAUGCUGUUCAAAUGUUUGUGGACACAAGAGCUGUGUGGCUGCCCGCUACAUGGACGUUAAGGGCAGGAAAGGUCCAGUAGGGAUGCCCAAAGGGGUCACUUGUGACAAAUUCAUGUGCACCCAACAGGGUUCAGUGUGUGAAAUCUGGGACGGACAGCCGGUGUGCAAAUGCCAGGACCGUUGUGGACGGGAACCCCAUUUUACAUGCGCCUCAGAUGGCAUGACCUACUACAACAAGUGCUACAUGGAUGCUGAGGCCUGUACCAGGGGCGUCACCCUCACCGAAGUCACCUGCAGGUACCACUUUAGCUCGUCCAACACCAGCCCUCUUCCAGCAGAGACCACUGCCCAGCCCACCACCGCCCAUCUUGAGACCACACCAAUGGACAUUCAACGUCCCAUCGUGGUCAGCAAUCCAGCACACCACUUUGUGUUCGUGGGCGAAACGGCCAGCUUCCUCUGCGAGGUCACAGGAAAACCGAAGCCGGCGAUUACGUGGGAAAAACAGAUCGACGGUAAAGAGAACACUGUAAUGCAACCCAACCAUGUGCAAGGAAACAUAGUAGUUACUAACAUCGCCCAGCUGGUCAUAUACAACGCCCAGGUCCAGGAUGCCGGCAUCUACACCUGCACUGCCUCAAACCAGGCUGGAUCUGUGCAAGCCCAUUUCCCACUCUCUGUGGUCCCCAGGGAGCAGAGCAAUCCGGAGAUGGUCAUGAAUUCCACUCGCCUACCUGCUGAGGAGUGUCUGAAAACACCUGAUAUGGGCGACUGCGGAGAGAAGAGCAUGAAGUGGUACUAUGAAGCCAAGCGCAACAAUUGCUUUGCCUUCACGUACAGCCAGUGUAAUAAAAACCGAAACCUUUUUGAUACCUAUGAGUUGUGCAUGCUGUCCUGUGGAGCGGAGCUUGCAGCACCUUGCUCCCUACCUAGUGUACAAGGUCCCUGCAAGGCUUACAAACCACGCUGGGCUUACAGCUACGCACUCAAGAAAUGCCAGUCAUUUGUUUAUGGAGGCUGCGGAGGCAACGAGAACAACUUCGAGAGCAAGGACGCCUGUGAGGACAUGUGCCCCUUCCCCAAGCCUCACAAUUGCAAGCUGUGCAAACCCCGGCAGAAGAUGGUCCCGAGCUUCUGCAAGAGUGACUUUGUGGUUUUGGGAUGUAUUACGGAGUUGACCGAGGACCACGACUCUGGCCACGCGCUCAUCACUGUGGAGGAGAUCUUGAAGGAUGAGAAGAUGGGGCUGCGGUUCUUCGGGCAAGAACCUCUGGAGGUGACACUGCUCAAUAUGGAUUGGAACUGUCCCUGUCCGAACAUAACGAGAGCCGAGGGACAGAUGAUCAUCAUGGGGGACGUUCACAACGGCAUGGCUGUGCUGCAGCCCGACAGCUUCGUGGCCACUUCUAGUGUACGGCGUGUUCGCAAACUCCGUGAGGUUAUCAACAAAAAGACUUGUGACGUUUUGAAGGAGUUCAGCAGCACAAAGUACUAGGGCGCUUAUGUCAUCUGAAUC